CGCAUACCCAAGCCCAUUGCACGGCACACAAUACAAGACGACGCCCCGUCCACUCCCCACAAAAGCACACGCAACAUGUCGUCCCUCACCCCCCGCCUACUCCCCCGCGCCCUCCGCCAAACCAAACCCACAACACGCGCCCUCUCCCUCACAAACCGCCGCCACGCACACACCAAGCACCCCUCCACCUUCACGCCCCCAACGCAAUCCGACCUCGACGAGCUGCGCGCCAGCGUGCAAGACUUCGCGCGCCGCGAGAUCUCGGAGCAAGUCGCCGCACACACGGACAAGAGCAAUGCGUUCCCGAACGAGCUGUGGAGGAAGUUUGGGGACGCGGGGUUGCUGGGGAUUACGGCGGAUGAGGAGUAUGGGGGGUUGGGGAUGGGGUAUCAGGCGCAUUGCGUUGUGCUGGAGGAGCUGAGUCGGGCGAGUGGGAGUAUUGGUCUAUCGUACGCCGCGCAUUCACAGCUGUGCAUCAACCAACUUCAGCUCAACGGCACGGACGAGCAGAAGAAGAAGUACCUCCCCGGCCUCAUCAGCGGCGAGCAGAUCGGCGCGCUGGCCAUGUCGGAGCACUCAGCCGGGUCGGACGUGGUCAGCAUGAAGACAACAGCCAAGGAAGUCGACGGCGGCUACCUCCUCAACGGCACGAAGAUGUGGAUCACAAACGGCCCAGACGCACACACCAUGAUCGUCUACGCCAAAACCGACCCCACCGCCCACUCCAAAGGCAUAACCGCCUUCAUCCUCUCGACCUCCACCCCCGGCUUCUCCGUAGCCGCCAAGCUCGACAAGCUCGGCAUGCGCGGCUCCAACACGGGCGAAAUCGUCUUCGACAACGUCUUCAUCCCCACCACCAACAUCCUCGGCCCGCUGAACCGCGGCGUAAAAGUCCUAAUGGAAGGUCUCGACCUCGAGCGCCUAGUCCUCUCCGCCGGCCCCCUCGGCCUCAUGCAAGCCAGCCUCGACGCCGCGCUGCCGUACACCCACGCGCGGAAACAAUUCGGCACGCCCAUUGCGCAUAAUCAGCUCGUGCAGGGCAGGCUCGCGGAUAUGUAUACCAAGUUUCGCGCGUCGCAGAGCUUUACGUAUAGUGUUGCUAGGGCUAUUGAUGAGGGGUUUGAGGACCCGGUUAUUCGCACGCAGGACUGUGCGGGCGCGAUUCUGUAUGCGGCGGAGAGGGCCAGCGAGGUCGCGGCUGAUGCGGUGCAGUUGUUGGGUGGUAUGGGGUAUAUGAAUGAGAUGCCUGUGGGGCGGAUAUUGCGCGAUGCGAAGCUGUAUGAGAUUGGGGCGGGGACGAGCGAGGUGCGGCGGAUGGUUAUUGGGCGCGCUUUUAAUAAGGAGUGGAGGGUUGAUGGGGUGUAG